GACUGUAGUUACGCCUCUUGCGCUGAGAUGCAGUGCCAUAGACAGCUGCGCCACUCGGGGAACCCCAUAACAAAGAUGGUAACAACACAGUACAUUUGCAAGAGGGACAACUAGUUACUAAAGCUAGCGCUGUGAUUGGAGCGUUUCGCUUCCGCAGCUGCGCAGACACGGGGGACCUCGCUGGAGCUGUCAUCUGGAAAGGGAGGAGAGGAACAGAAGAGAAGAACGACAUAAACGCAGCGAGGACGCGAACACUCAAGAAAGAGUCAGAAGCUGUCUUCCUGGUGAAGCCAUAUGAUUGGCUGAAGCAGAACUCCUCUGUCUGUGAUUGGUCAUCGAGGGUAGACGCUGUGAUUGGCUGAGAAGUCCAAAACAUGGACCCACACCAUCCUGGGGUUACCAACAGUCCUUAGCUCUACGGAGGCCCCGCCUCUUCGGUGAUGAUGUCAAUAGACGUGGCCAAUAGGAACGGCCCUGCCCUGACUCCUCCCGCCUCACUCAGCCUUUGUUCCUCCCACAACCGUGAUGUCAGUGGCGGUGAUGUCACCAGGCUGGGUUGGGCCACGUUUCCUAAGUGUCGUAAGAAGUAUUGUCUGACCAGCAUCCAGAGUGCAAUGGGGCUGAGUGAUGUAACUCUUCCUCCGUCGUCGUCGACUCCCAACAAACUGGCCAAGAACGGGCUGAACGCCCUGCGCAAAGCAGCCGAACGACAUGGACAACAUGACCACAACAAGAACACAACCCCUGACCCCGACUCAACCACAGCUGAACGACAUGGACAACAUGACCACAACAAGAACACAACCCCUGACCCCGACUCAACCACAGAGGACUGCAAUACAAACAAUGAAACCGUCAAUGAGGACAUCCUCACCAAGAUGAACCUCGACCCCGACACCAAGACACAUCUGGAUCUGAAAACUAACGUGAACUCAGACCUGGAUCUGAAAACUAACAUGAACUCCGAUCUGGAUCUGAAAACUAACGUGAACUCCGAUCUGGAUCUGAAAACUAACGUGAACUCGGACCUGGAUCUGAAAACUAACGUGAACUCCGAUCUGGAUCUGAAAACUAACGUGAACUCAGACCUGGAUCUGAAAACUAACGUGAACUCAGACCUGGAUCUGAAAACUAACGUGAACUCAGACCUGGAAAGCAUCACGAACGUGACAGACGACGGGGAUGACAUCAGCAUCCUGUCUGAGAAGGAAGUGGAGAUGAAAAUAGAGGAGGAGGAGAGGAGUAGUAUAGAGGAGGAAAAGGAGGAGAGGAUAGAGGAGGAAGAGGAGGACGAGGAGGAGAGG